AUGUCAAAGCCAAUUCUGUUUCAGCCUCAAGUCCAGCUAGAUGCAACCUUUGAGGUCCUGGGAAGCCCAUAUUCUAUGCUCAGCGUGACACUUUCACCUUCUCAGCCUCUACAUACUCGCCGUGGUACCCUCACAGGCUUGUCGGGCGAUCCAUCGAAUGUUGUCUCAACCCUUCGAACGCUCAAUCCUGUUCGUCGUGCUUUGGUCGGCAUACCUUUCCUCUACCAACGCACGACUUCGACGACCCCUGUGUCCGUCCUCAUUUCCCCGAAGCAGAUAAAUACAACUCUUUCAGUCUUGCAGUUAGAUGGCACGUCAGACUGGAAACUUGCACAGCGUGCAGCACUUCUUGCUUGGACUGGAUCAAGCCUGUCUAUAACACCAACCAUAUCCUCCAAACUCUCCCUCACUCACUGGGGUACCAGUAACGUAACAGGUCGAGGCCUCCUUGCCUUGUCUGCAAAAGGUCACACGUUUGCGCUCGAUGUUGCAAGAGGAGAAAGCUAUAUCGCUCACCCGAGCAACAUACUGGCGUACACGACCACCAACUGUCCAGCUCCACAACCUUUCCGCUUUCGUUCUUCCGAACCUCGAUUUCAGAUUCCACUUCAGCUUGGGAAUUGGUUCCCAGACAGUCGCUUCAGUCGCGCUCUGAAGACGAGUAAUACCUACAAAUUCCUGCAAGGUGUCUCUCUUCGCAUCAAGACAUGGUCACGAAGGACGAUAUGGGGCGACAGACUCUUCCUCCGCUUCGAAGGCCCUACCACCAUCCUCCUACAAAGUCGAGGCAACCGUGUCAAUGAGAUCUUAACAAGCGAGCAGAUCAAUGAGAUUGCGGAUGCACCAGCAGGAGAAGUGGACAGAACGAUACGUAACGUCAGGAUUUCGCAGGAAGAUCCAUACCAUAAGCUCGCUCAACGACAAGCACAAGGUGGGAAGGCGAUAGUGGCAGCCACAUCAGCUGCAGAAGGAGUUGGUGCAGGAAGAAGUCUUUCUGACAAAUCGGACAACGAGCGCAUGGGUGUGGCAGGCAGUACACCAAGUGCGCAGACCACAAAAGCAGCUGAAGAGACCGCACCUCAGGUAGUGGCUGCUGAUAGUGGGCCAGGCAAACAAAACGCUGCUUAG